AUGUUGACGUUAUUGCCCCCCGAAGUUCUUGAAAAUAUUUGUCAAAAGCUCAACGGUCGUGAUCUCAAAUGCCUCUCACUAACAUCAAGAUGGGUCCACAAAGCAGCCUUUCGCCAAAUCUGGCGCUCCAUCACAAUCUUUCCCCGUUCCCCAAGAGAACGCCACUGCAUUACGCCUAUGGGUCCUCCACAGCAAUGUCUACAGUCAACAAGAGAACUUCGCUUUGAAGCAGACGCGAUGCAUUGCGUUCACGCGCAUGACUGCCUAGGAUACAUGGGGAAAUGGCUGGACAAAGAUCCUCUGAUGCAUGAUACUUGGGAAGAAAGAAGUGAUAGUUUUGGGUAUGAGCGUGGUAGGCUUGUGCGCGUCAAGUAUGAGUGUCUUGCGCAGAGGACUAUGGCAAUGCUGAAACGUUUCGAAGAUGGCCAGCUGGAGGUGUUCGACUGGAGAGCUCCAAUGGGAUGUCACUUCAGCAACAUCUCCAAUCUGGUUCAGACGAAUGCUGCCCAUCUGGAAGAGCUAGAGGUCGACUUGCAAUCUUGGUCUCGGCAGUGGGAGGAUAGAGAAACCAGAGUUGUUCGUCGGACUGAUUCAGAUAAGUGGGAUAAAACACCUGCUAGUACUAUGCUGGCGCGAGAGAUGUUUGGUCUCGAUCAUGACCCUGCUGCGAGAACUUGGUUUCCUAAGAUGCGGAGCUUGAAACUCGCCAGAGUGCCCUUGAGAGAUGAAACCACCAAGAAAACAGUCACUGCAGCAUCCAUCAACCUUGCGGGACUAACCUCAUUAACACUGAUAAUGUGCCCAUACUGGACACUGCUUCUCCAGGACAUGGCACAAUAUCCGACACCGGUUCAAGUCAAGUCCUUCGAGAUCCUCGACUUUUACCUCCAGACACCAAAUGUAACUUCGAUCAAGAAAGUAACCACCAUCACAGACUUUCUUGACUCUUUCGAUGGACUCGAAGAAGUAUUCAUCAGCCACUGCGGCCCAACACCGGUCCUUGAAUUCUGGAAACACUUAGCAAGACAUGCCUCGACGUUAAAAGCAUUUGUACAUCACCAGAGGAUCACGGAUCUGGAUGACGAGCUUAUAAUCUCACGCAAGGGAAAGGAUGUGGCAGAUCCUGGUAUAUCUUUGACGGACCGUGCUAUUAUUCGACAAGAUCCGACUCGAAAUUCUCUUUCGACAUUGAAUCUUGAGUUUCUUGGGUUGACGUGUGCACCCGAGUACCUGAGAGAAAUUCUGCUCCCCUUCGUGUCAAAGGGUUCACUUAAAGUCCUUCAUAUCCGCCAAACGGGAGCAAAUGUAGGAACCUACUCACCAUGCGUUUUUGACAACGCUUUGGACAUGAGAAUCACUCAAGCCGAACAAAACGGCGAAACCAUUGAGAACUAUACAAACGGAGGCCAUGUCCUCGACUCCGAACCCAAACAGAAUUCCAUCAGUCUCCGAGACACCUCUACCGCUAUCAGAGAAAGAAGAGAGUGGAAAACACCGCCUCUGCGACAGUCAUCGCGAGACUUUGCAGAUUGGGUCUUUGGUCCGGACGGAGUUACGUCUCUUGAAUAUAUCGUUGCAGGCGAUCUUUCACAUGGAAGUAGAUACUACGAGAGAAACGCACUCAUAUGCAGAUCCACUGGAGGAGGGCGGAGAUAUCGUGUUAUCAGCCAAAAGGCUGGCGGAAAGGAAUGGAUUGACGUGAAGAGCAGGUUUGGGAGAGCGCUGGAAGCUUGCCCUGUGGAGAAUAUUGUUCCCGAGUAUAACUAG